AUGAGCCAGGGAUGCGGAGUCGAGCGAGUGGAUUUCCGAGGCGACUUGGCCGUAGGUGGCGAGCACGAGGGACUGAUCCGAUUGGGAGACAAAGACUUCAAGCAGGAGGAGCGACAGCAUGCGCCAUGGGCUCCCCUUCUCGCCUUGCCAUCCUUCCGAUCCAAGUUUGACAUGUUCAAUCCCAAGACCAAAGCAUACGCCUUGCCUUCGAAUGUAUCCGCAGCCAUGAACUCGAUUCCAUUUGCGGGCCAAGCACUCGGAGCACUCCUGUCCAGUUUUGCGAUUGAUUGGUUUGGCAACUUGACUGGAUCAUGGGAACAGCUCACGUUUGGUCGCUUCCUCGCAUACAUUGCCACUGAACUGGCCGAGAUGGCUGUCAUCCACUUCAACGGCGAGGGCCUACGCUACCGAGACAGCCUCCAAGGGUUGAUUCCGGUCGCCGUCCAGUUCAUCCCAGCCGUCCUCAUCCUGAUCUUCAUCUGGUUCACGGUGGAAUCUCCUCGCUGGCUGAUCGUCAAAGGCAGGAGAGACGAUGCAUUGGCCAGCCUCAAUCGUCUUCGUCCGAAGGAAGAUGCCGCCAAGGGCCUGACCUCGGUGGAGAUUGAUGCAAUCGUGCAGUCUUUGGAAGAGCAAGGUGGGCAGGAUCAAGGACGCUGGGUCGAGAUCUUUCAAGGAAACAUGCUUCGUCGCACAUGGAUCUGUUGCACGCUCUUCGCUCUGCUUCAGUCCACGGGCAUUCAAUGGACCAACUUUUUCGCCGCGACCUACUAUAUCUGGAUUGAAAACCAAUUCCUUCACCUACGUGGUCAUCGGCAACGCACUUCAGAUCGUUUCAUGCGCCUUCCAGAUUGGAACAUAUGA